UAAGGAGGGGGCUAGGAAGUUUGUCUCAGCAGGAACGAGCGGUGGCGAAGCAGGGAGACCCAGGGUAGGAGAUGCGAGCGGCGUUGCGCCUGGCAGUAGUGGCUGUCCCUAUGGGUGUGCUGCUGUCCCGGACCAUGGCGUGGAUGUCCAGUGGCAAAACACAUUCAGAGCUCGUCAGCAGGCUGAGGGAUCAUGGGGUGAUCCGCAGCGACAGAGUAUUUGAUGCCAUGCUGGCUACAGACAGAGGGCUCUACUCUAGAGACUAUCCUUAUGCAGACUCUCCUCAAGCCAUAGGAUACAGGGCAACCAUCAGUGCACCACACAUGCAUGCUCAUGCUUUAGAGCUGUUAAGUGACAAGCUAACAGAAGGGGCGUCAGCACUGGAUGUGGGUUCAGGAAGUGGAUACCUUACUGCCUGUUUUGCAAGAAUGACAGGACCCAGUGGUAGAGUGGUUGGCAUUGAACACAUCGAUGAACUGGUUCAAAUGUCAAUAAAAAACGUGCAAGCUGAUGACCCAGAACUGCUCUCCUCUGGACGUAUCAGACUUGUAGUGGGAGAUGGAAGGCUGGGCUACCCAGAAGGAGCACCGUACGACGCUAUUCAUGUUGGUGCAGCUGCAGCCACUGUUCCUAAGGCUCUUUUAGAGCAGCUGAAGCCAGGUGGGCGGCUGGUUCUCCCAGUGGGCCCUGAUGGUGGCAGUCAGGUGUUGGAGCAGUAUGAUCGCCAGAGUGACGGGACCUUCCUUAAAAAGGCUUUGAUGGGAGUUGUUUAUGUACCCCUGACUGACAAGAGGCGUCAGUGGCCUGGAGGUGAGCUCUGACUGCAGUGUGGUUGCCCCUGCAGGAGAUGGCGUUGGUGCUGUGUCUCUGGGGCCCCAUAGCACUCCUCAUGGUUUCACUGAGCUCCAGACUUAACAGCCACCUGCCUUGGUGGGUUGUCACCUGGCAACAUACAAGGAGGAUCCUUCCAAGAAUGCCAAAAUGAGUGAGUGGCUGAAUGAGUGACCACCGCUGGACUAAUGACUUUUCUACCAGAAUCCAUGGAAUCAGUUAGAGACUGAUAAGGACAUAGUAGAUGACAAAUAAGGUUGUUUGUGGUUUAAGUGAGUCACGUCAUUAUUUAUGGGCAAGUUAGUGAAGUUCAGCUAUGACAAAAUCGCAGCUGCAGCUUGAAGAGCUAUAGUCUGUGUUUAAUUCAGAUGAAUGGAUAAUUGGUGAUAUUGUGUGUAAUCUGGGAAUGCAUUGAUUAUGCAGAAUGCAGUAACACAUAAAGCCAAGAAGUUUAAAACUUAAAUUUAAAUUUAGCAAUUUAACAAUAUAAUAUUGUUUUGUGGUAAAAACUUACUUGCCUCAUCAACUGUAUGUGUAGGACAUGUCCUACAUUGUUAUUGUAGAUCAGAAGGGACUUCGUGCCAAAAAUUGACUGAGGCACUUAACUUUUUGAAACUAUACAAAUAUUGUAGUUAUGUGUACACUCAUCAGAUUUAUUAAUAAAACCCACUUAAUGGAUAGUUCAUUGAUUGUUGCCAGUCUUUACUGAAAAUGAAUAAAUUUGUGUCUGUUUCUGUGUAAAAUUGUCUCAAAGUGAACAGAGGUCAUGGGAAGACA